AUGCCGUCCGAAUCUCGCGUAGAGAAUCCCCUCUUCCAUCCCUUCCUUUUCCUCUUCCAGGUGUUCCAAUGGUUCGCGGAUAAGAUCUUUUCGCCCACUCCUCCCGAGCCGAGCACCCGCCUGAGCCGUCCCAAGGUGGCGGUCAUUGGAGCUGGUAUCACCGGUGUCACGUCUGCAGCGCAUUGUAUCGGUCAUGGAUUCGACGUCGUCAUAUUCGAGGCGGGCGGUCGCGAGAAUUUGGGAGGUAUCUGGAGUAUUCACUCCAUGAUGUUCCGCUUCCAUCCCUCCGUGAAAUGGGAGCGCGGCUACCCCGACAGACAGCAAAUCCUCAGCCAAGUUAAGCAGGUUUGGGAGAAAUAUGGACUGGAGACUCGCACCAAGUUCAACACCCCCGUGGACAAAGUCUACCAGGACGAAAAGGGUCGCUGGGUUGUCAACAACACCGCAAAUGGUCACUUCGAGGGCGUUAUCGCUGCUGUUGGCACAUGCGGCAAGCCCAAAAUGCCCCAUAUCCCCGGAAUGGAGAACUUCAAGGGUCAUGUGUACCACUCCAGUCAACUCACCGGAAAGAACGCCAAGGGCAAGAAGAUGGUCGUCAUUGGUGGUGGUGCCAGCGCUGUUGAGGCAUUGGAGUUUGCCGUAGACGAAGAAGCCGAAAAGACCUCGAUCCUGUCUCGCAGCGACAAAUGGAUCAUUCCUCGCAAUCCAAUCGUGAACAUGUUGCUGGCAAUGAACAUUCUUGGCCAAGAGACGAGAUUCUCAUGGAUCCCCGAGACCCUGCUCCGCAAGUUGUUCUAUCGCGACUUGCAAGAUAUCGCUCCUUACAACAAAGGCAUCUACAUGGACACGCCGAUGGUCAACAGCCACGUCAUGGAAACCAUUCGCUCGGGCCAUGCUGAGUGGAUUCGUUGCGAUAUCGAGGGCUUUACCGCUGAUGGUGUCAUCGUCAACCGACGUGCUCAAGGUGUUCCCAAGGAUGGCCCAGGAAGGAGAGAGGUGGUUCCCGCGGAUAUCAUUGUCAUGGCUACUGGUUAUAAGCGUCCCUCGCUCGACUUCCUACCCGAGGACUGUUUCACCGAGCCGUACAGCCCUCCCAACUGGUACAUCCAGACGUUCCCACCCAACCAUCCGUCCAUCUCUGCGAUCAACUGCACCUAUGUUGCCGCUAUCGGAACCGUAGGCAACUGGCAUAUCGGUAUCUACACGAGAAUUCUCCUCAUGUUCCUGAUCGACCCGUUGACGAGACCGCAUCCAUUCUGGAUGAAGUCGUGGAUCGAGAUGACAAAGCUCCUGAAAUACUUUUCGCCCACUGGCGCUUUCGACUUCUUCACCUACCUCGAGCUUCUAUGGUGGUUCGCCUUCAGCGUCACCUUUAAUCCCUUCCGAUGGAAAUGGGCCUUCUUCGUCUUCUUCGGUUUGGGUUUCAUGCUUCCCAAGCGAGUCGUCGAAGUUGAAGCACGCAUCCGCAAUGGCAUGGGCUUCCAGGAGGAGGUUGGACGUGACACGGGCCGGAGCAUCUAA